UUUACUUCCUGUUUCUUUCGAACCAACGACAAGAGAGCGCAUGAUAAAGUUCUGUACUGCCAUGUUUUCAUUAUUCUUCUAUAAAAAUGCUUCGUUUUGGGGAAUUGUGGGGUUAAACUGCUAAAUUAUCAAUUGAGACCACCAUAUCAUCGAGAACUGGAUAAAAUGCCUGUCCAGUGCAGCAGCUGUACCAAAAAUCGUGCUGUGUUGAAGCGCCCCAAGACAGGUCAUUCUCUUUGUAAGGAAUGCUUUUUCUUUGCAUUUGAAGAAGAGGUGCACCGGACCAUUGUGGCCGCUGAGCUUUUUAAACCUGGGGAGAGAGUGGGCAUUGCUGCUUCAGGUGGAAAGGACUCCACGGUGCUCGCUCAUGUUAUGAAAGUCCUCAAUGAGAGAUACAGCUAUGGGCUUGAACUCAUGCUGUUAUCUGUGGAUGAAGGCAUCACAGGUUACCGUGAUGACUCAUUGGAGACGGUGAAAAGGAACCAGGAACAGUACGAGUUGCCUCUAAAGAUUGUGUCCUAUGAGGAGUUGUAUGGCUGGACGAUGGAUGCCAUAGUAAAGCAAGUGGGACUGAAAAAUAACUGCACUUUCUGUGGAGUCUUCAGGAGACAGGCCUUAGACAGAGGUGCCAUCAUGCUGAAAGUGGACAAGAUAUGUACAGGUCACAAUGCUGAUGAUGUGGCAGAAACUGUUUUGAUGAAUAUUUUGCGAGGAGACAUAGCUCGUCUGCGGCGUUGCACUGCCAUCUCCACCUCCAGUGAGGGUGAUGGGGUAGUCCCGCGCUGCAAACCUCUCAAAUACGCUUAUGAGAAAGAGAUUGUUCUGUAUGCGUAUUUUAAGAAACUGGAUUACUUUUCUACUGAAUGCAUUUAUUCUCCUAAUGCUUACCGUGGCCAUGCAAGGACUUUUUUAAAGGACUUGGAGAGCAUCCGCCCCAGCUCUAUCAUGGAUGUCAUUCACUCUGGAGAGAAUCUGUCAGUGCGGGACGGGGUGAAGAUGCCUGUCCAGGGAACGUGCAGCCGCUGUGGGUACAUCUCCAGUCAGGCGCUGUGUAAGGCCUGUGUGCUGCUGGAAGGGCUGAAUCGAGGACUGCCCAAACUGGGUAUUGGCAAACACCAUCGUCUUCAUGGAAAGCUACUGUCUGAGGAGCCACUCACAGAGAAGGAGGAGAAGAAACUCAAAGCACCAGAAUUUUGACAAAUGGGUUGUUAGGUUGUUAGGUUAUAUAAUAUAUAUAU